UGAAAUCUCAACCGGGAGCCGAGAGUGCGGACAAUACGCCAGACUUUGUGGGAGCCUAUAUGCGUUGUCCAACUUUUUACUUGAUGCAGAAUAGCUUCAUUCCAUGUCCAAUCGCAUCUCAGCCUCAGCACUUUCAGUUUAAUCUUUUCUACCAGUUUUUUCCCCAUUUCUCCCUCUACUGCCCAUCUCUCCUUCUCACAAUCCUUUGCUCCUGAUUGGCUGAUUUCACCCUUUUCUCUUUAUGAAUUGAACAGCAGUGGCUGAAUUCGACUGGCUGGAAGCUAAUCAACUCAACUCACAUGCUUCCUUCCCCCCCUUCCUCUCUCUCUCUCUCACAGACAUUUUCCCAUGUUCACCUGCAACCGUCAGAGCAUCUCCUGCACAAUCCCUCUUUCCCCCUCAACCUUUCACGCUCUCACCGGCAUGCAGCCCGCUUUGUCAACAGCUCACGUAGCAUCCAAGCUCUCUCUCUCUCUCACACACACACACGCGCAUGUAGCUCAUCUGCAAUCACCCGCCGGGCUCACACACUCAUCACAGAUCGCGCGCCGUCACACACACUGAGGUCUCUUGUGAUGCUGUGACUCUUUCCGUCAUCCUCCUCGGUCACACGGCGGCUCGACCCGGGCUCGUCUUUCACUUGCAGACCACAGAGCCUCUCUGUCUGUCUGUCAGUCAGUGUGUGUGUGUGUGUGUGCGCACGCGUGCGUGUGGCGGUGGCAUGAAGCGGUGAUGUUCUGGGACAGGAAGAAUAGUAUGGGUAAUUCCCAAAGACGGGCCAAAGGAAGACACAGACCCAAAUCUGCAACAGCCGCCAGCGGUCUCGAGGCAGAGAGCGGAAGGCGCGGCGGCGGCAACAGCGUCAGCAGCCACGGCGACGGUAACCACAGCAGUGGCGGUGGCGGAGGCGGCGGCGGCAGCGCGGCCCAUUUCAGGUCUCCAUGGCAACAGAGCGUGAACGUGUUCGGCUCGUGGAGCAGGCCGGAGUGUGUCGAGGAGCUGCACCAGCAGGCGCAGCUCAACCUCCAGAGCCUGCUGCAAGAAUUUGAGGAGCAGUUGUACGACACCAAGCUGACCGGCCAGACGUUUCGCCAUCCGUCCUCCCAGAGCUCAGACGACACGUCCACGUCGCUCAGCCGCUCACCAGUCUCUCUCAACAACAAGAGGCCGGACUUCAUCUUCCUGCCGGCGUCAAAGCAGCUCUACGAAGAUGAAACCACCUCCUCCGUGUUCGGCCUGAGGUCUGUGAUCAACCCUUCGCCUUCCCCGACCCCGUCCCCCUGCGGCUCGGAUCGCCCCCCUCUGGGCUGGAGCAGCAACAACAGCAGCAGCAGCACAGCUACGUCCGCCACCACAGGGCCGCCCGUCGCCGAAAAACCGCGCUGGCACCCGUUACGACGCACGCCGGCUCACUGCAUGCCACUCGACGUUACAGGUGAAGUGGGAGCAGUGAAAUUCCACGGUGUCGACCUCCUCCAGCACUCCCCGUCCCCGUCCCCGUCUCCUGGGGACUCCUAUCCCCAGCAGCCCCACUCUCUGGAGCUCUUCACGGACACACCACAUCAAAACCUCCCAAUACGGAAGACACACUCAGAGCUGGACACAACCCUGCCCACAGAUAACCGUUUGGGGCGACGCCCCCCAGAGCUGCUUCACACAGCAGCUAUGGACCACUCUGGGUUGCUGUGCUCCAACACACCCUCAUCCACCUGGAAUGGCCCUAAAGGAUCCACAUUUUCUCCAGCUGCGUGGAAUGAGACUUACAAUUACAACAUGAGCAAAGGUCCAGCAGUUCCUCCCAAACAUCACAGUGUCAUUGGUCAUGCUGGCGGGAUACAGGACGGGGUCAUGCUGGUGAGCUCGGGACAGUCUGUGAGCUCACACUCCAGCUCAUUCACAUGUGUGACGGACCCGACUGGGAGAACAGGAAAUGGUGGGUCAGGGAUUUCUCCGCCAGUGGUCACAGUGGGAAAACGUAGGGAAACAGAGGGGGCACCAGCAGACGGAGGGCGAGGGGGUGGUGCAGAGGCAGGGCGAGGAAGGCAGAGGUCAGCACGAUCCAUAGCAGCUCAAAACGCCUUCAAGUUCCGGGAACGUUCUCUUUCCACGCCCACUGAUUCUGGGUCCUUUUGCUUUACAGAGGGUGGUAUAGAGCCAGACUUGACCAUCACCACUACUGGUAAUGGGAACACUAUGGUAAUGGACCACCAUCAAGAGCAUCAUAACUAUCUGGGUCAUGGGGAGAACUAUGCCCUUCUUUACCCUAGAGGCAGUUCUGAGGAUAGUGCAAGUACUACGGACACUAUUUCGGUCACGGCUUCAGAUUACAGCACAGAAGGACGCUUGCGCCUUCGCUCUCGUUCAAUCUCACUUAAGAAGUCCAAGCGCAAGCCCCCGCCCCCUGUGAGAAGUGUUUCCUUAAUGAAAAACCUUGGAGAAGCUGAGGGCAAAAUAAGGCAUGGGGGUGGUCUUUACAGAGAUGGCAGACCAAAGAGCCUGCACAUACCCAGGGACAAUUUCAUGGAAUUCCAGCCAGAUUUCCUUUUGACAAGCUCUUCUUGCUCCUCUAAAGCCAGCGUAGGUGAAAGGGAGCGGGGCCAAGGGGCUAACGAUGGACCUCCAAGUCUGGAAGUCCAGGCACCUGAGAGAGAAGGAGACACACAGAUGACCUUCCCAACUCACUGGCAGCUGGGAGAGUGGAAGAGUAAUGACCCCUACAGGUCUUUAUCAGGCUCCAGCACAGCAACAGGUACCACAGUGAUUGAAUGUAUGAAAGUGAGAAGUAGCUCAGAGUCCCUUCUAGAUUCUCCUUCCACGUCCAGAGCCACGUCCCCUUCACAGUUAUCCAUGGAGACUGACGUUAAGGCUUCCUCACCCUUAAAGCCUCCAGGACUUAUAUCUCCCUCAAGCGGCUAUUCCAGUCAGUCAGAGACUCCUACUCCAACAGUUCCGAUGAAUCAUGGGACAGUAGGUACGACAGGGUGUAAAAUGCGUCCAAAGAUCCCAGAAAGGAAAUCUUCACUACCAUCACCUAAGGACCCAGCUGCCAGGUCAAGAUUGUCAUUUGAAAUGCCUGGAAAUGCACAUUUGGAGCUGUCAUCGCUAAAGCCAAAGCAGAAGGCAAGCAGGCGGCAUUCUGACACUUCUACUGCUGCCAAACCAGGAAAAAUCAGCCCCUGUUCUUCACAGGCAUUACCUGUGGUUACCCAAAACGAGCUAAAGACCAUUAGACUUCGGUCUGUUUCGCGAGGAGAUCUGGAGGACUGCCCUGAUGGAGCUUCUGACACAAUUGAAGAAGAGCAGCAUGGCAGAGACAUCAGCGACAACCCAAGUCCACCACCAACUCUACCAAAACCUAAGCCACCUGUAGCUGUCAAACCUCCGUUGCCCAAACGGCCCAUGAACCUCCUCCUUAAGUCUCCUUCUCCUUCCUCCACCUCCCCCCUUGCUAUUGAAUCUCCUCCUGCCUCACCUGUGGAACGACCAGUGCCUCUUGGCAACAUCUACAAAGUCAUGAAAAAGCCCAAACCCAAAAAGCCCCCACCACAGACUCCAACAAGUCCUGCCAUUCCCCCAGAUUUGAAUUCCACCAAUGUGCCACCCACUGCUUAUGACCACUCAUUCCUCCCUCACUCCCAGUCUCUGUUUGACCUCCCACCACUCCCUGAUCCCCAACCUUUGUUGGAAGACCCACUGUUGGAACCUGAAUUUGACGGAGAACCAGAUAUCCGUCUUGUACCUGAGGAUGGCGGUUCACUUCCUUCUCCAUGCAGUUCCCAGGAGGGCCCUGAGCUUCAAGACAAGAGCAAAACACUACCUUCAAGGAUGACCAUUUCCUGUCUGGCUGAGCUGUCUGACAAAAAGAAAACCAAGGUUCCGCCUCCAGUUCCCAAGAAACCAAAUGUCCUCCUCCUUCCCACACCACUACACCCUUCCACUAAUGGGAGCACAGACCGGCAGAUUCCACAGUCUGACAGCCCGGUGGGUCUGCCGUCUCCACUUGGAGCAUUUGCACCAGAUGACAUGCCAGCAAGUUGUAGUGGUCUUGACAUGUCAGAGCAGGACAAAAACCACUUGGGAACAGAUGAAGACAGCUCAAAAGAGUCAUCUCUACAGUCGUCACUCCAGGAUUCCUCUCUCACGGAAAUUGGAGAAAGGAUGGCCAGCACUGGUAUCGGGGCAGAUGAUUCAGCUGCCGAUGAGAAGACUGCUCUCCACAUCGCUGAGGAAACGGAAGAUGACUUGUUGACCAGCACUCCUACGACACACACCACCGAGGACUUAUUCACUAUUAUACACAGGUCCAAGCGAAAGGUUCUGGGCCGCAAGGAGCCUUCAGAUUCCUUUGGCAGCCGGCAGAGCCUGGUGUCGCCCGUGAAGCACAGCGCCAUUGUGAGCGACCAUCGAAACCUAACCUUGGGCAGCAGCCAGAGGUCGAGCUCUCGCAACGAGAACUUCAUGGCAUUGCUUCAGAAGAAAGGCAGCAAGUCUUCCGGUGGAGGAGCGAGGGUGUCCGCAAUGGAGCUCCUGAAGAGCACAAACCCUCUCGCGCGACGUGUCACGGAAUUCUCAAGCACCAAUGCAUCGGCCGCUGAGGGAGGGGAGGUGCAGUCUGCCUCAGACAAACCCAACGAUCAGUGAAUGGAAAUACAAUCUCUAGACGUUGACCUGGUCUGGAUCCUGUUUACUACAACUCAAACCCACUCUACAAUCUGCCACACACAGGGGACGGGUCCUGAGCUUUCCAACCUCUGAUUGACCAUUUUGGAUUGUCCAAAGAAAUUGGAGCACAUUUUUUGGAAAAAAUGGUGCCUUCUUGGGUUGGAGCUCAGUGUUUGACUGUCAAACUCAUCAGAAGAGGUUGUUUUUUUAAACUAUACAGUAUAUAGAUAUGAAGAAAAACUCCUGUGUAGUAAGAAAAACGUAUAGACAGACUGACUGGUGGAGAUGACGCUGGGAAUGUAGAGAUAUACGGUGGAUAUAUCUCCAGUCCUUUUGGUUUGGCAUUAACAACAGAUCCCAAUCCCAUCUGAAUCUGCAGCGAUACCAAUUUACCACAACACCACUGAGGGCAAGGAAUCAACAUCAUUCAAGAAAUAAUUGGAAUACAAUUACAAAAUCUGCCUGUGAUUCAGUUGCUUUACAGGUGUAACACCUGUAGGGCUCUACGAAGAAGAGGAUCGGGCAUCGGUUUUGCGAUGGGAAAACUGAGGAAGGUAAACUCGGACAUUGUGGCUCCAUUUUCCUCUCCACGUUGAAUGCAAUAGCAUAGCAGCCCAACAGCGAAGUGCCAGAUUGAGCAAAGACACACUGCAUGGGGGAUUUUUUUAUUUCUUGCCACCAAAGAUGAGGCAUGAGCAUGUCCCUCAUUUUGUUGCUCGUGCUGUGACCGUGAACGUGGAUCUUUGGUAAGCAUUCCACAGAGACACCAAGCGAACCGACUCGGCUUGGAAAGCGAAGCACUUUUCUUUCCUUUGGCCUCAGAGGUCGUUUCCAUGGCGAAAUCCCGUUUUGCCGCUUUGGGUUUUAUUUCCCCUCAUCGUCCAUUAUCUUCUUAAUCUGUUUUUAGAUGUUAGUUUUGCUCCUAUUUUUUUAUACAUUCUAAAUGUCUAUUGACUGUAUAUGUUUAAUGGGAUUAUACUGUAUGUAUCAUGUACAAAGAUAAACGGAAAGCAUCUAUCAACAAAGACUCGAACUAGUGUACAAAGAUGUGAGAAGCUUGGACUUCAAAUUGCCCAUGCACACACUUUCAGCACACACACUGACUAAAAAAAAGUCACGCUAUGAAAAAGGGGGGAGGGGGGAAACGACUGUUGACACGAGUUGUGUUUAUUUGUGUGGAUGCAAUCAUGUCUGCUGAUGUUUCUGCACAGAGAUCAUGAAGCAGGCCUGGUUAUUGAACAGGGUUUUUAUUCAUUUCUGGUCUCUGGUGUUGGGGGACCAAAGAACUGUUACACACAGACCACAGAGGACCUACAGUAAUGUUUUAUUUGUGUGAGUGUGUAUAGAUGGACGCUUCAACUACGGAGAGCAAACAUGGAGCUAGUGCACAAACGUUUGAAUGGUUUUACGUUUGACGUGAGGUGUGCCCCCCCCAGUAGUUUUCAUCGGAGCUUGGAUGUGCGGAUCGUCACACUGCAUGCCCUUAAUAGAUUAGAAUGACCUAUGUGAAGUCCCUUUAGGUGAGUCUUCCUACUCACUUGUCACUUUUGAAAUUAUCCAAGUCAUUCUUUUGGCUUAACAAGACGAGGUCUCGGAUUAAUUUAAAGUAGACAGGGCCUAGCUGGAAUUUCAACGGUUGUUGCAGAUCAUUAAAAGGCUUAAGAUGA